UAUAAAUGAAGAGAAAUUUAGACGAGAAAACAAGGCAAAAACGAACCCAAUAUGACUGCUCAAAGUGCCAGCAUCGGUUAACGCGCUCAUCUAAGGUACAACGAUGUCCAGUGGAGGUGUCAAAGGACCCGUAGGUCCAGUACUGCCCUGCGGAGGUCUGAAACGAGGCAGCAGCCGAUCAUGUAGCCGAAUCAAUACAUCGAUGGUGAGCGACGAUGUUCAUGGUACCUUAAAACGGGCAAUUCAAGCGAAAAGCCGGCGUUACCACGAGUGUCCUGACACCGUCGGUGAUGAGGUCCGGGUCGGGUCCGGAAUGGGUAUGGGCCAUCGGACGCAAUCGUAUCGCACGCUUUCUGCCUCAUCAUCACGAAAGGGCCACUCCGCUGGCCACGGAGUCCCCUCGUUGCCGUCGAGCAGAGCCGAGGCGUACAAUUUGCUUAACGCUCUUGAACAGGAACUUAAGGCAAUCCAGUCAGGUCACGGCCUACCUCAGCAGCAUGAGCUUCUCUACCAAUUGGCUAGCGUUUGUGGAACCUUCGCAAAAAACAGCAGCGGUGGAAACAAAAAACGUGAACAGCCCAUGUUUUCGACGAAGGCGCAUGUGUUUCAUAUUGACCCAAAAACAAAGAGGUCCUGGAUACCUGCUUCCAGCCAUGCCGUUGCGGUCUCGUUUUUCUACGAUCAGACCAGAAAUUUAUAUCGGAUCAUUUCUGUUGAGGGCAGCAAGGCAGUGAUCAACUCCACAAUCUCACCAUCAAUGACAUUUACGAAGACCUCUCAGAAAUUUGGUCAAUGGUCCGAUGUUCGCGCGAACACCGUUUAUGGACUAGGUUUCCAAACUGAACCAGAUCUUAAUCAGUUCAUCGAGAAGUUCCAGGAGGUGAAGGAGAAAACCCGUCUCCAACAGAGUGGGAGCACCGGAGCGAAACAUGGUUCGGCUAACGCCAGUAAUGGGGCAGCCGUUACCGUGUCGUCGGGCUCCGGCGCGUCGUCUGCCGACACCGAGCAACAACUCCAGCCGUUUUGCGGGUCCGCUGUCGAGGACAGCCCGAAACACCGGAGCGUUGCGGGUUCGAGAGGCUCUGCCACCAACCAACUUCCUCAGUCCACAACAGAGGCACAACUUCGAUACGAAAACGAUAGGCUCAAGCUCGCCCUGGCACAGAGUUCUGCAAACGCGAAAAAAUGGGAAGUAGAGCUACAGACGCUCAAAAAUAAUAAUGCACGUCUUACCGGAGCUCUCCAUGAAAGCACUGCUAAUGUUGAAGAGUGGAAACGUCAACUGAAUGCACUCAAAGACGAAAACGCAGGACUUAAAUGUCGUGUCCUUGAGGUAGAGGCUUCUCUUGGUAGCCAAGAAGCGCUGACGGAAUUAAGUGGCGAACUGGCACAACUGCGGCAACGAAAUGAGAUACUCGGAAGUGAAUUACGAACGCGCGACGAAGAAAUCGAAGCAUUAAGAUCUGGAGUACCAAGAGGACCUCAUGGGGAUGCUUUGAAGGCCGUGCUCAUUGAAAACGACAGCCUUCGAAUGACGGCUACCCGCCUACAGGAACAAUUGGACGCGGUUCGGCUGUGUGGGACAUCGGGAGUCGGCAUCGUGUCAUCACGUCAGCCCGCAUUGGAGCAUCUGAGCGUUCGGCUAGGCGCUCGCGUCACCGAACUUGCCGAACUUCAGGCCGAACUCGCUGCCCUGCUGUUGGCUCCCCCGCCCUCACAAAGUUCCGGUGGGGGACCGUCAUGAUUCUACGAUAAAAAUGGGGUACUCGGAGCUUCCGGCGAGGUAGCAGCUCCAUUAGAAUAUGACGUCGGGGAUUUACUUCAGGAGCAGUCGAAAGUUGAAUUGGCGGCCGAUGUAGAGACAACGAUUUGUCCGAUGCCGUCGGCAAUGGCGGAAAGAACGCAAUGGACUGCGUCUCCAACCAGCGACAGUGUCUACUACAUGGGGCGUGAUACGGACAAAACAGAUACGCUUCAGGCAUUCGUACAAAACGAGCUUCCACCACGUGACACGUCGAGCACGGAGGAAUAGCUUUUGAUGCAUUGCCAUUGGCACGAACGGAAGUUCACGUUUUAAACCAAACCAACCCAACCCAACAGAUAUUUGUCAAAUGGUGAAGGAAAGGGACAAAGGAGAGAAAGGACGCGAAAUGAGAGAGAGUCACAGAACCUAACCAAGGUGCAUAAAAAGGCUAGUAUAAAACUAAUGAUAUCAUAGCUUUCUGGUUACGAUAACGGGGUAACAUACGACAAACGUGCUAUAACAUGUAGCAUGCUUCGUAUACAUAUAAUACGAAGUCCAUACAUUUAAUAGUAUGUUUUGCGUGGAUUGAAAAGUUCCUUCCCCCUUCUUGGUGACGCCUGCGCGGAGCUCUGAAGAAACCAAGCGCUCAAGGGCGAUCGGUGAUGCAAUUAAUUACGACUAAAGAUUGCCGUGCUAAGUUGUACUGUUGGAGGUCGACGUGACGCCAAAUUUUUUUGAGUCGCCUCGUCACGCAGUAGGUAAAAGUGGCGGUACGUCGUUGAAAGUGGCCAAAAUCAUCGAUCCUGGAGAGGGUAGAUGGUUUCGACGAUUACCUUUAGACGAGUUAAAGGGAAACCCAGCCUUACGCCUUUGGCAUAUCUACAAGGGUGGACUCCUGCGUCUAAAUUUGUGUGAAACACGUGAUUAAUUGAUACUUCGUCCAAAACAAGAAAAAAAAGUGCUUAGGAUGCUUUGGGAGGUAGCAUCGGAGUAAACUGAAAAUGGCGGCAGUCUCAAAGAAAUUUCAACGCUUCGCUUUGGCAAGUCGUUACCAAAUCAAAUAAGAAAAUCGGCCAAAUUUACAUAUAUCAAAACAGUAACGUAUAAGUAACAACAUUGGAUGCUAAUUGCUGAACGAUUGUGCGAGAAAUGAGAAAAACCAAAACAUAUAUAUAUAUAUAUAUAUAUAAUUACGUGAAAACAGGCAUGUAUAUCAAUUGAAGACAAGUGGCCCACUGCGGUGGCUUUAAUCCAUUACAGUGAAUUAUAGCCUUGACAUAAAGCCACGCUCAGAGAGGAAGAAAGAGAGACACAAGGCAGAUAAUUAAUGAUUCAAUUAUUUAUAAUGAAAGAAAGAUUUAUACAACGCAAUCGCCCGCUCCAGCUAGCAAAUGCUUUAGCAUCGAAUACAAUAGUAAAACUACUAUGAUGCUAAUUAUCCAAUAAUAUUAUUAUCCUUGAGACGAUACUAAUUGCCAAAAAAGAUAUCAACUCAGUAACUUAAUUGAAAGAGCUCGACUGACGUUGUAACUAAGCAAAAACAAUAUUUUCUAAAAUCAAUCAUUGGAUUUAAGUAAAUGUUUCGUAUAGCUCACUAGGAAAGGGCUAACCAUCGUAAAAAAGAAAAACAAAAUCGGAUUUGUUUCUCUGUUGCUUGGGCCGCGCUCGUGCGAAUUUUCCUCCGUACUAUCAAAUCAUAUAUGACAUUAUUUAUUAUCAUUAACAAGUCAUAAUUCAUAUUGUUCUAACCACUAGUUAGAUAAAACAUGGUAUAUCACUAUAAACUAAUAACUCUGCCGUACGCAUAUGAUGAAAAGAUUAUAAAUAGUAUACUUUAUACUAUAUACGUAUAUAUAUCACGACCGUGCCAAAACUAUAUUUAAUGACUAUUGUAAUAAUAGUUACUGAAAAAUUAAUCAAGGGAGUAUUAGGACGCAGGGCAACACCCUGUUUUUUUUUUCAAUAUUUUCCUUAUGGGUUGGACUAUUACUCUUAGAUAUUCCAAUAUUACUCUUACUAUUAUUUCUUGUGAAAUUGUGGUCGCUAUAUUUAAUUAUACGUGCUAUAAAUCGGCUUAGAGAAGUACUAUAUAGUAGGUAGCAGCGAGUAAGACUGAUAUGACCUGCCGUACACAGUAAUAUAGUAGUAAAUUACGAUUGGCCUGCUGUCUACAUGAUCAUAGCACCUGUUGUUGAUUUUACGUUUUCCAUGCUUUUGUUCAAAAACAUACAUUCUUAUAUAAUGAGAAUCACUAAAAAAACCCAAUGUAGAAUAAGAAAGGAAGCAGUACACACAUACACACAUCAAUGUUACAUUGUAACAUUUAACGAUUUACAAGUUUUCACUAUGUUAUGAGUGGCUGGUGUACGUUUGUCAACUUAAUAAAGUGUGAGUCAUGUCGUGCAAGUAAGUGAAUCUACUAAAAGAACGAUAGUAAUCUAGAUCACUAUUAAUGACUAAAUACUAUGUAGUUAGUUCACUGGAUAAUUAGACGAGUAAGAAGGAGCGAAAGAGAGAGGGAAAGAGAAAGAGAAAAAGAGAGAGAGAGAGAGAGACCGCGAAAUUUUCAUUAAGAGAACAAUGUCCAAAUAGUUCCAAUGGAGUAACAUGAUGCGAUAUCGAUCAGGAACAAGCAUCCAAAAAACACAUUUUGAAACAAGAGAGAUUAAUAUUUCUACAUUCACAUAUAAACAGAUGUUAAUAGAAUACGUGAGUAUUACGCACUUAAAGUUAAAAGAAAAAGGUAUCAGAUACUAAGCGAUACAAUGAAACGUAUGUGAAGAAGUAUAGCAGUUUUGAACUCAUUAAAAUGCUGGAUUGGCAAUGACGACGAAAUAGGCAUAAAUAUAUAAUAGAACGUGAAGGCCAACAAAAGGAAUUGAGGGUCAAUCAAAGGAGCCCAAUGGGCGACGCCCAAUGAACACGGAUAUCGAUGUAAAUAUACAAAAGUUACUUGGGAUAAAAUGAAAUAACAAGUUAAUAAGAACGACAACUGGCCGAUGCUCAUCAAUAAACGGUAUAGUUUUCUAGCUCG